CAAACAGGCGACGGCUGGCGACGUUGAGGCGGCUUUCUCAGCAACCAACAACAACAACAGCAACAGCAACCAACCCUCCACCGUCCACCGUCAACCGUCCACAUACCCACACAGUAGCAACCAUGGGCGCAAGGAACUCAAAGGAGCCUAUCAUCAUAUACAACGAGCCUGAGGUCCCCAUACAGCUGACUCCCAACCUCCUCCGCAAGCUAGACGGCCAAGCACCAGACCCACUCUACACCCGCCUUCCCCAUCCAGCCGCAGGCAGGACCCCCCUCGGCGGCGCUCCACCAACACCCUUCGACUCUCCCUUCCCCCAACACCAACAACACCAACACCAACAGCAUCGCCAUGACGACGACGAAUCGAUCGAGGCUGCUGUCCAGUCCCGCGUAGCACGUCAGGUCGAUCUCCACCAGCAGAAACGUCUCGUGAACGAGAAACGGUCCGCAGAAGCGGUCGCGAGAGAGGCUGAGGAUGUUUUGAGGAGGCAGAGAUUACCGCCAAAAGGCACCCCUAAAGCAGAUUGCGUAGCUGCUGAGAAUGCGGUUGUUACAUGUUACCGAAACAAUCCCGAAACGCCUCUGAACUACUGGAGAGAAGUCGAGACUAUGAAAGCGACCGCCAGGCUCGCGCAGCGGGAAUUCGUUGAAGCGCACUAAGCACCCUCAUUAUGGAUACCGCUACCGCCAUUGCAAAAUACACACAACCAACUACGAACACACUUUCAUCUCUGAACCGCUGCACAUGCAGCGGUCAUUUGAUACCUCCCAGAAAACACCAUACACCAUCUCACAUCCCGCUCGUUCUUGAUAUGGUGGCGACUAUCCGACUAUGCGUGAGAACGCAAAGCGGCUACUAGUAAUGACCGUCGUCCUACGGCAACGCGGUCGCUGCUGCCAGAAUCCGGGGAAUGUUUCGCGUAGAUAUGGCACAGGGAGACGACACUGGGGUGGGGAUAUGGCUGGAGGAUGUUGUGGGCGGUGUUGCAUCUGGUUUACUUUUUGAUAUCAAUUAUUCGACAUACUAUACAUACAUCAAUAUAUAUGCACACGUUGUGACGUUAGGGAUA